AUGCGCUUUCUAAACCGUUUUAAUGUGUAUUUUACCCAAAUAAGCAAACGGGCUUUUGGAGUGAAAGUGGAAAAAGGGUUAAAACCAUCCUCUUUAAGAAUAAGAGGAAAUAAAAAUAAUUUUAACGAUAUAAUUAAUAAAUAUUACCCAAAUAGAAUUUUGAAAAAAGAAAAAAAUGAGUUGAAUAGAGAGAGUAAUAUAGAUUGUGAUAAUAAAAAGUAUUAUAUAUCUGAAAAAGUGAAACGAAAAAUGAAAUUACUAAAUGAUGAAAAUAGCAAAUUAAAUAUGUUUAGUGAACUAGCCAUUUUUAAUCAAGACAAAAAUAAAAAAACAACAGAAAUGAAGAGUGAAAAUGUAUUACAUAGUCAGUCAAUUAUAACCCAAGAUAUUGAGAAAAAUAAAAAUGUUGAGAAGAAUAUAAAUGUUGAGAAAAAUAUAAAUGUUGAGAAAAAUAAAAAUGUUGAGAAAAAUAAAAAUGUUGAGAAAAAUAAAAAUGUUGAGAAAAAUAAAAAUGUUGAGAAAAAUAAAAAUGUUGAGAAAAACAUAAAUGUUGAAGAAAAUAAAAAUGUUGAACGAAAAAAUGAGACAUUGGAAAUUUCCAAAGAAGAGCAUGAUAUACAAAAAUAUAAAAAUAAAAUACAUAAAAAAAUAUGGAUAAGUCUAAAAAAAAAUAAUAAAAAAGAUUUCGAAUAUUACUAUGAUAUAUUAAAUAAAUAUCCACUAAAAGAUGAAGUUUCAUAUAGUAUUUUAUUACAUGGAAAAAUAAUUAUAUCGGAUGGACAAUAUUUGGAGGAAAGUUUUAAUAUACUAAAUGAAAUGAAAUUAAAAAAAAUACAUCCUUCUUUAAUACGAUUUAACGAAAGAUUAUUAUGCAGUUAUGUUGAAUUAACAAAUUUGAAUUCUCGACCUAACAUAAAACAGUGGAUAAAAAUUUUGAGAUGUGUUUGGUUUACCUCUGCUUUAAUUAAAGCUAGACGACAAAAAUAUAUUCUAAGAAAUAUUAAUAAUGCAAAAAAAAAUAAGUCCAUCGAAUUAGGUAACUUUAAAAAUAUUUUCAACAUUCACAAUUUAGCUGCAUUGUAUGCCGAAAAUAAGGACCCUCUAACUAAAGGCUAUGACGAAUAUGUUCAGCAUGACCAAUUAAUGAACAAAGCUACAUAA